CUUGCCAGCUGGCAGCGAUUUCUGAGUGACCGGUAAAUGUGUGUUCGUCCUUGCAGAGGCUUCACCUUAGAAAGGUCGCUGUUGUUGAGGCGAGUUCAUUCAAUCUGAUCGCCUGGCUGUGUCAUCUACACUCCCAGGGACGUUCCAUUUUAGCCACCGAACUUCCAGUUAAAAAGGCCGCUGCAUUUCGUUGAGCUUGCUCACAGGACAGAAGUGAUCAUCAAGUUGUGGAAAGUUUAACCUGGGGGCUUGUGAUCGGCAAGUAGCCACUGCAAGAGCGACACCGCAAUUGCUAUGCGACUUUUGUUCGCAAAGUAGGACUGGAUUACCUCAGUUCCCAAGUGACAGGACUCAAGACCUGUAGGGGUCAGGCAAGUGCUCAGCAAGAACAGUCUUUGCUUUCUUUCAGACGUUCCAUGACGAUAGUAUAGUGCUGCACAUCCCGCCGUCUUCAGACAGGUACGAAAUGACCAUACCGGUACCAAUAAUAAUGGCGCUGCUCCGAGGAAUUCUCGUCCAGAUAGUGCUUGUCGAAUGUUUGCUUGGAGGAUACGCUUCAGCAAGUCAACCCUCAGUUGUGAUCAGCCCUGACACUGAAAAGAACAUUGGAAGAAGAAAGAUGGAAAACGUCCACAGGGAACCUGUGGCAAGUGCCGAGAUUGGCCGAGUUCUUCUCAAAUCUGAUCUCUACAAACCACAGCGACUUGAACUGUUGAAACUUAUUGAUGCUGAGGUAGUUGCAGAAGAGCCGACAGAACGGAGCAAUCCUCACAAGCGUCGUCAACACAAGCAACAACAUCAAAGACACGGGAGGCAGAAAAGAUCCGCGAACACAAGCAGUGGAGCCACUCUAUAUACCAGUGGAACUAUGGAAUCCACACUGCAUGUUCUGGAUGUCUAUCCACGCGAUGCCACACUCACCUUCCGAAUGUUAUCUGAUCAACGCCUUGAGAGACUCAAUGUGGAUAAUCUAGAUUACGGAUCACAUUACGAGAGAUGGUCGGAGAUUUCUCCAUCGGACCGCUUCAAUGCCAUUGCGAAAUUUGAGGCUGGAUUCAAAGAGGUGUAUGAGGAUCAACUUGCCACAUCAGCAUUCGACAGCAACUUACCACAUGUAUCACCAGAUGAGUUGUUUGUCGUGCUUGAUGGCAACAGCAGUCUUAGCCUGCAUGCUUCAGUGUUUCCUUACUCUAAGAACAAACUCACAGCACCCGGUAGAGGCUCUGCGUAUGUCUACAACGCUUUGAUUCCACCAUCUCUGGGUGAUCCUAAUGACUUUGAUAUCGUAGUUUAUGCACCGCAGCAUUUCAAGAAGGCCCUACACCCGCUGCUUCGACUUGGAAAUAACAUUCCACUGAACACUGGGGCUGAGAUUCUGUUACCAGAGGGGCAUUAUCAGCUCAAAGUGACACACCGUGGAGCUAUUGUGAACAUCUGUGACUUUCAAGAAGUGCGAUCAUUCAUUCCACCGGCAUGCAUCGAGAUCACAGAACACACACAUCAGUAUGUAGUUCUGCAUGGUAUCAUGGAUCGGUAUCGGCAAUCGUCCGACUACCCACCAGAGAUGAUGAUGGUGCCUCCUAAUCUGUGCACGCCUUCAGAGCAUCAUCCCAGAAGAGUUGAUAUCUAUUUUCUGAACGUAUACCAGACGUCGGAAAACCGCUUCAACCACCCAGUCACAUUCAUGUUCCCCAACAUCUACCAUUCAAUUAGCUUACCACCAAACAGUGCUCGAUUUGAAAGUCUCAACUUACACGACGGCGACUGCUUCAAAGUGCAUACCAAAGGACAGACCACGGACCCACCGCCAAUUGAGGUUGAUGCGGCUGAAAGCACAAUGUGCAUCUUCCUGGCAGACAACAACAAGGAAACGAAUGACAUGGAUGCUUUCCAGCAUUGCUGGGCAAAGUAUGAUUACCUAGCACCAGCAGCUUCCUGGAUAUUCUCCUACAAUGCGCUCAGCAAGGACUUUGCACCUGUUGAUGUGCUGGUGCUUCAAGCUAACAGUGAUCCUUUAGAGGAAGACAGUCCGUCUGUACUGAAGAUCAUGCACAAUGUCACCACUGGGGAAGGCAUGCCAGCUAUGCUGACGGCAGGCACCUACAUUGUCAAGACAUUCCUUGCAUCCACAGUCUACACCCCUGAAGAGUUUCUAGCCACACCAUCUGUAGCUGAAAUGUCGGUGAUUGACUUCAAGCCUCGCUCGUAUCAUUUCAACAUCUUGUAUGGUGGUGAAGUGGCCACCAAUGGCGAGCUGAAAUCAAUUGGCCGUGUGCUUCUGGAACCACCUUCGCCUAUCAAUGCCACGCAGUUUUUGAUUGAGCGGGCUCGUAACAAGACACGUUUAGUGCACAGUACCACGCCACCGUUUCACCACUCCUCAGCCAUGUCCUUGCACACUGGCGAUGGGUCAGGGUCCAUAGCCAGGAUGAGCAUUGCAGUCAGCAUUCUGCUUACAGUGGUAUGUCAUCUCCUGCAAGCGCUCAGAUGACUCUUGUGACAUGAGUAGUGCUAACGCGAGCUUCAUUAUAUUCCACACUGCUUCUAUUGAGACUUGAGAAGUUGACCAAAUUCUUUCUUGAAAGCAGUGGUGUAACACCGUAGAGACAAAACGUUAUCAUUAUGCGCAUCAUUAUCUGCUUUGAGCUAGCACCUCUCCCUCGCUCGCAUCUCAGGACAGGCGGAUGGUAAUGCUGGUGGUUGGUUGACAACAAUGAUGGCGUGCCAUUGCCAGCUUGCAAACAACAGAUCAGUGAAGGACCAGUAUGUGACAGAGAUGCAUACACGGCCUUCGACUUGCCUGUAGUGCGCAUUGAGUGAGAGCCGCUGUUGUGUUCUAGAAGUGGGAGGCAGUUGUGUUCUAGAAGUGGGAGGCUGUUGUCCACUAUCCUACUGUGCUUGACUCGCCUUUCAUGACAAAUGCCGAUUAUUGCAAUUGCGACCAUGCUCCAGCUUUGGCACACGAGCACAACAAAGCCGUGCACUGCCACUAAGGAAGCUACAUGGUGAUGUGCAUGCAUGUACACAAUAUUGUGGCUGCUAACACGUUAUAUUUGCAACUGAGUGUAGUCCAUGGAACGGACUGACAAAUACAUUAAGUGUAAUCAUCACCAGCGCUCUUGUUGUUGUGGAGAAAACAAUUGCCUCAUUCUGAGUUCAUAUGUCUAGCAGCCAGCUAAUGCCUUUCUAUCUUGAGCCUUCAUUUGCAAAUAGAAGAAUCAUGGCAAUUGCUUCUGCACAGGAGCUAAAUGUGUG